UCAGUUAGGCUCUAUGACAGCUUCCUCCGCUCCUCACACCCGAUUUUCCAUUAUUGUUGCCUUCAACUUAUAAUCUUUAUGGUGGUUUUAGUACAUCUGUAACUCCGCGAACGUCCGCUUCGAUGGAUAUUCACCGGCGCUGUGCGUGACAAGGCUCGAGUAAUACCAGACGAUGGCAUAUUCCUAAGCAAUGUGCUAAUGUGUCAGUUGUGAAAAAAUACGCGAUGAUGCCAUCAGUGUUUCUUUACAUAAGGCGCUUUCUGUUCACUCCGUCGUAUGGUAUGCAAUGGAGUCCGCGUCGACGUGGAGUUUGUUUGGGAAUCGCGUUAACCGCAGCGGCUUUCUCUCCGUACAAUUGUGCGCUUUCUCAUCGAUGAGGAUUUGUCGACCGCGGGCAUAAAGAAGACGGACGCACCGACAUCAUGUCCGAUCGGAAUUACUGGACGGUGUGUCCGAGUUACAAAAGUCAGUUUGUCUCGGGAGGCUUAGUGAAACGACCCAAGAGUAGCCGAAACAAAAGGAAGAGUCUUGCUCCUUCUCCUACCCUAUCAAGGCCUCUCUCGCCCCUUCCCUACCAAACAGGGAGCAGUCCACUGGAUAGUCCCAGAAAUGUCUCCAGUAAUCCAUCGGUUAAUUUCCCGUUUAUACGGAGAGCGGAUACACGAAGAUGGUCUGUGGCAUCGGUCUCGUCUGGAUAUGGAACCAAUCCACCCAGUUCUGCUGUUUCUUCUUCCUCCUCCUCGCAGGAGCUCUUGCACCAGCUGCCCUCCCAGCCCACCCCAGAUGACCUCCAUCGCCUCUUCAAGCAUUUCAGGAGCUCUGAGAGUGUGGCAGAUGAGGAUGGACAGCUCUUACCUUUCCGGCCUCGCUCAAGAAGUCUUAGCCCUGGGCGAACGUGUGGGUCUUUCGAUAAUGAGAUUGUGAUGAUGAAUCAUGUCUACAAAGAACGCUUUCCCAAGGCCACGGCUCAGAUGGAGGGGAGGUUGCUGGCCGUGAUCGAAGACUUCUCUCCAGACAGCGCUCCUCCUCUUGCUGACGGCGUGCUGGGCUUCAUUCAGCACCAGCUGGUCGAGCUUGUCCGAGACUGUCUGGAGAAGUCUAGGAAGGGUCUCAUCACAUCUGGCUACUUCGUGGAACUCCAGGAAAAAAUUGAAAAUUUGCUGCAUGAGGCGUAUGAGCGCUCUGAAAGUGAGGAAGUGACUGUUAUCGUCAAACUCGUGAAGAAGAUUCUCAUCAUUAUUUCCAGGCCAGCAAGACUUCUGGAAUGUCUGGAGUUUGACCCUGAAGAGUUUUAUCAACGGCUUGAAGUUGCAGAAGGUCAAGCUAAAGUUGGUCAGGGGAUCAAGACAGACAUCCCCCGAUACAUCAUCAGCCAACUCGGCCUCACCCGAGACCCUCUGGAGGAAACUCCAAGCAAGGAACUAGAUGACACUGCAGAGAAUCGUCCUGGAACCACAACGCCUCGAAGAAAACCCCUGGAAAGAGAUUUUGAGACCAUAAAGCUUAUCAGUAAUGGGGCUUAUGGGGCCGUGUACCUGGUGCGGCAUCGCGGGACGCGGCAACGGUUUGCCAUGAAGAAGAUCAACAGGCAGAAUUUGAUCUUGAGGAACCAGAUCCAGCAGGUGUUUGUGGAGCGAGACAUCCUGACGUUUGCAGAGAACCCCUUUGUGGUGAGCAUGUUCUGCUCCUUUGAAACAAGACGCCACCUCUGCAUGGUCAUGGAGUAUGUGGAGGGUGGAGACUCUGCAACUUUGCUAAAGAAUAUGGGUCCUUUGCCAGUGGACAUGGCCAGAAUGUACUUUGCGGAGACCGUUCUGGCACUAGAAUAUCUUCAUAAUUAUGGGAUCGUACACCGAGAUCUCAAACCUGACAAUUUACUCAUAACAGCAAUGGGGCACAUCAAACUGACUGACUUCGGUUUGUCUAAAAUCGGUUUAAUGAAUAUGACCACAAACAUGUAUGAGGAACACAUGGAGAAAGACACAAGAGAGUUCAUUGAUAAACAGGUGUGUGGCACUCCGGAGUACAUUGCACCGGAGGUGAUCCUGAGGCAGAGUUAUGGGAAGCCCGUGGACUGGUGGGCAAUGGGCAUUAUUCUGUAUGAGUUCUUGGUGGGCUGUGUCCCAUUCUUUGGAGACACACCAGCAGAACUCUUUGGUCAGGUGGUCAGUGAUGAAAUAGAGUGGCCAGAAGGUGAUGAUGCACUGCCUGCUGAUUCUCAAGACCUUAUCACAAAACUGUUGAGACAAAGUCCCUUGGAGCGUCUAGGCACCGGUGGAGCAGCAGAAGUCAAACAUCACAUCUUCUUCCAUGGUCUGGAUUGGAGCGGGCUGUUGAGGCAGAAAGCAGAGUUCAUUCCACAGCUUGAAACUGAUGAAGACACAAGCUACUUUGACACACGUUCUGACCGGUACCACCACUCUGAAGAAGACGAUGAGACGAACGAUGACGAAUCCUAUCAGGAGAUCAAGUUCUCCUCCUGCUCGCACCGCUUCAGCAAGGUUUACAGUAGCUCAGAGCAUCUGGCUUCACCUUCCAACUUGAGCCUGUCGUCUUCUGAGCGGAGCUGCAGUGAAGAGAAGGAAGACAGAUGGGAGAGUCAUUCAUUGCUCUCUCCAGGAGAAUCCCAGAGACAGCUGCUAAGCAGUGACGGGAAGCAGGAUGGCCAGAGGAGCAUCCCUAGUCCAAGACCAAGAGCAUCCUCCGGUUCAUCACAGCCUGAGAGGGGCACUAGUCCUCUAGUUUUAAACAGCACUCAGAGCCUUGAGGCCAUGCCACACUUUGCUUUCCCUGAGGAUGAAGUAGGACUCGUAUCAAAUCUUCAGCGUAUACGACUGCGAAGCAACUCCACUGGAACUAGGCCUGCUAAUCGCAGGGGCCACAAGGGUCCAUGUCGCCUUGGACUUCAGCAGGAAACUCCCGAGAAGUCAAGAUCACCAUUCACGUGCAAAGUCCCGAAGUCUGCGUCUGUGUCUGGCCUUUCACUCAUCGUAACAGCAGAUGACAUUCCUGGUGUGAUCCAGACAAGCCCAAUGUCCUCGCACUCCUUCUCAUCCAACCCUUCAUCUCGGGACUCUUCCCCCAACCGAGACCUCUCUCUCAGCGCUAGCAGCCUUCGACCUCCUGUGGUCGUCCACAGCUCCGGAAGGAAGUACGGGUUCGCGCUCCGUGCCAUUCGAGUCUACAUGGGAAACACAGAUGUUUAUUCAGUGCAACACAUGGUCUGGAGUGUUGAAGAAGGCAGCCCUGCUCAUGACGCUGGACUGAGGGCUGGUGACCUCAUAACUCAUGUGAAUGGAGAGUCUAUCCAGGGUCUGGUACACACUGAUGUGGUGGAGCUUUUACUGAAAAGUGGAAGUAAAGUGACCCUACAGACAACUCCUCUUGAGAACACCUCCAUUAAAACCGGGCCUGCAAGAAAGACCAGCUCAAAGGGGAAGAUGGCACGACGCAGUAAAAAAAGCAAAAGAAAAGAGGGUCAGGACAGCAAACGCCGCAGCCUUUUGAAAAAGCUGCCCAAACACAGCCCAGCGAUACAGAAUAGUCGCAGUUUCUCAGCGGGGUUCCAGCACUCGCCUAAUGAUAGUUUGUCGGAUUCUCCAACGCCAAGUUUGUCUCCUGGGCCCAACACGCCAUGUAGAAGUCCAGCUCCAGAUCUGUCGUGUGAUUCAAAUUCUCCACAAAGUUCCUCACCAUGCUCAAGCUCUCCAAAUUCGCCAAUUCCUCAAAGCAGACCAAGUUCUCUUCACGUUUUGGGAUCUAAGAUUGGCCUCCGCUACAGCAAAGCAGGCCGCUGCAAGUCUAGCAACAGUAUUCCCCCUUCUCCCCUUGCCUGCAAUCCCUCUUCACAGCCUCUGUCUCCACAGUGUUCUCCGUCGUCUCUUACCGGAGUUCCUAAAAGCAUGCAUUCAUUUCAUAAUAAGAUGAUGUCCCCACCAACCAUUGUCAGACAGACCGUGUGUCCCCGCAGUGCAGAAUCCCCCCGCUCGCCUUUACUGAACAGGGUUCAGUCAUCGGACAGGCAACAUGGAGACAAAAGGGCCUUCUCUCAAAGGCACACUGUAGAGGUUCCCCAGGGCGAGACUGAAGAACUUGAGUCACAGAUGAGUGACAUUGCCUCAGGUUUUGUUUGCGUCGGUGACCAUGCCAGACAAGGCCUAUAUCUGGCAGGUCAGCGAGUGAGGGACCCAAAUGAGGUGGUGGUUAUGAGGAAGCUAAACUUAUCGGAGAGAAGAGAUUCAUUUAAAAAGCAGGAAGCAGUUCAGGAGGUCAGCUUCGAUGACACGGAUGAAAAAGAGGUCAUGAUAUCCACACCGGUUCAGUCUCAUACUCGUUUUAAAGUAGCUUGGAUCGGCGCAAUACAGACUGAGGGUAUCACUGAGAAGACCAGUGAGCAUGGAUCCACGCUAAAGGAGAAGAGGGAGAAAGAUGAGGGCUGUUAGCCUUAGAUAAGACCAGAAAACUGUGAGACUCGGAUGAAAGGUGCUUCCGUGAUAGCAUAACCAGAGAACAGACAGGGGUAGGGCGAAAGAUUUUGUUUAUAGAAGAAGAUUUGUAAGUAGAGGUUCAUUUGCCAAAAGUUAUUUUCUAAAAUGGUCGUAUGGAUUGACUUUUGUUUUAGGUUUUUCAGGUAGAACGUGGAACUUUUAUAGAUCUUUGGAGAUGUUUAUUUAUUACAUGGAAGGUAGCUUGUUUUGUGAGGCAGUAAUAGAAAGAAGAUAAAGUAGGACCGCUUUUUGAGAAUUUGCACAUACGAGGCCCUGCUGAGGUUCUUUUGCUCUCACCUUUUUCCAUGUGAUGACUGGUCAUUGAAAUUAUAGUUGACAUCGUAACAUCUUGACAGAGAACUUUUUCUUUUUUAUGUUUGGUGUUUUGUCAAAAUGAAUGUACAUCUAAAUGUAUCUCUCAUUCAUGUGGUCAUGUCGCUCAGUACCAAAAAAAGACUUUUAAGAAGACAUUGGGCCGGUGUUGGCAUUUUAGUGUAUCAUGUUUACUUAAGCAAAAUUGUUCUCAGUACCCUAAUGAACAAAUGUAAUGUUUUGGAACCGUAUAUUGCAGUGUUUCUGCUAUAUAUAUACUGGUUGCACAACUGAUUUUAUUUUACCUAUGUAAUCCUUAACUCAUUUAAAUGGUGGUAUUAUGCGUUUCAGUGUUUAAUAGUCAUGAGUUGUGUAAAAUUUCCACAACAGCUGCGUGAAAUAAAUCAAUCUCUUAUUCCUGUGCAUGAUAAACUUCUGCAAUGUUGACUUGUUUGGUUUUACAGAAAUUAUUGAAAUGACUGUGUUGUGUACCUAACAUGAACUGUCAAUGUACUUAUUUGCUUUAAAUUUAUUUCUGAUUGGCGAUUUAUUAUUCAAACUAAAAAGAGGAAAUUCAGACAUCUGUGAAUUUUAACUUGCACUCCCUGUCAGAAUGGUGUUGAACUAUUUCCUCAUUCACAUGCUACCUUAAGUUUUCUUUGAUAUGGUACUGUGGUGGUUUUCCUUUGUACGUCUGUAGUAGCUAUAUUUUCCAAGGGCAGCAUUGCAGGUGGUUUUUCUUGGCAUGGAUGAAAAACUAUUAGCUCCUAAACUAAAUCCACUCACCAUCAACUGUUUGUAAAGAUUGGAAUUCAAACAUUAAACAAGUUGCAAAUUCA